AUGGCUUAUCUCAUGAGAGCUGGAGCUCUCUGCCACCAUAGAAGCGCUCUUUCAAAGCGCAGCUUUGGAUAUCGAUUCCUUGCGACGAAAACAUACGACCCUCUCCGUAUUCUCUUUUGCGGAGCUGACGAGUUCAGCAUAGCUUCCUUGAAAGCUCUACACGCAGAACAUGUCAAACGACCAGAUCGAAUAUCGUCAAUUGACGUUGUUUGCAGACCUGGAAAAAGAGUAGGGAGGGUCCCUAUCAAGGCGGUCGCAACAGAACUUUCACUUCCAAUUCACGAGAUAGACACAUUCAAAGACUGGGCGGUAGAUUAUAGUCCUCGCCGCCUUGUGGCUGUGUCCUUUGGCUUAUUCGUACCUCCCCGAAUCCUCAACGCCGCCAAGUACGGUGGAUUGAAUGUUCAUCCAUCUCUGCUUCCGGAUUUCCGUGGUCCCGCCCCGCUACACCAUACUCUUCUAGCAGGGAGAACGAAAACCGGCGUUACGCUUCAAACCCUACAUGUCAAGCAUUUCGAUCACGGCGUCAUCCUCCAGCAGACUCCAGCCCCCGGUUUUGAGAUACCGAAUCCUGACACAUGCACCGUUCCGGAGCUCCUAAACAUCGUUGCCCCUAAGGGAGCGGAGAUCCUCUUGGAUGGUAUUCGCAAAGGAUUGUUCGUCCCUCCCAUAGAAGACGCAGGCUGGCGGGCAUCACAGAGCGAUGAGCCAUUAAUUCAUGCGGCGAAGAUCAAGCCAGAGGAUAGACACAUAGACUGGGUCAAUUGGACGUGGAAGGACAUCAACAGGCGGAAUCGCGUGCUCGGUCCGCUCUGGAGCAAAACCCUCGCGGUUAGCGAUCCUACUCCAGGAAAUCCCUUGUUCCAACAGCGCAGGGUAAUCCUGAGCGAGAUGGAGGAAGUAGAUACGCUAAAGGGCUGCGAGGCUUUCUCUCUUGUUCCCGGCUUGCCUUUCGUGGACAGUGCACAUCCGAUUGAUCGCCAACAAGGAAAGGGGCUGUACGUGUUCACAAGAGAUGGCAAACUGAUUCGGAUCCAUCAAAUGAAGGUCGAAGGAGAACAGAAUGCAGAUGGUGUUCGCGCUGCGCUCAAAGCUCGGAUGCUUAGCGAUCGGACCUUUCACUCUGGCGCUGCCGACUUCACUCCGUUCCAUAACCCUUUGCAAUAA